AUGUUUCAUAAUUGUCCUGUAAUUGGUGGUUUUUGGCGCCCCCUACUGGUUGCAUAUAAAUUCGGGGAGAAACCCAGAAUUCCACGCAGUCUGAUCAGCGCUCUGCUGUGGACACUGGGAGAAGAAGCUGUGGCUCACAGCACAUCGUUCCCAGCACAACUCAAGAUGGAUGAAUCAAACUUCACAGGGUUCAGUUCUAACAGCUCUUCCGCUGGAUUACCUCAACACUCUUGGAAUCAACGCGGUCUGAUCCCUGCAGUGGUAUUAACUUUCUGCUAUCUAGUUGGAGUUCCUGGAAACAUUGCUGUGAUUAUAUUCAAGCCUAACUGGGAGCAUCUGUCCAGAACGACCCAGAGUUUAAUGAUGAAUCUGACCAUUUCUGAUCUAAUGUGUCUGCUUACCCUUCCACUGUGGAUUUACAACGUACUCCUUGGAUGGACAUUCGGCCUUGUAGCCUGCAAAGUUCUAUCAUACUUUGUGUACUUUACAGUUUAUGUUAGCCAAAUGACUGUGACUGCGUUGAGCAUCCAGCGCUACAUUGUUGUUGUGCGUGGAUGGAAGUGCGAUAUACAAAAAGGUGUGCUGGUGUUUCUGCUUUGGCUGUCAGCUUUUACUUUGUCCAUUUAUGUUUUGGUGACUGAACAACUAACGAAAGAAGGACAAUGGAUCCGCUGCAUACCCCAAUAUUCUUCUGAGGCACAGUGGCUUGCUGUGCUGUUCACAGAGAUCUUGUUUGGACUUGCUUCAUGUUCACUUGUCACAUUAUCAUACAUAUCUCUCAACAAAAAGGUUAGGAGUUCAGCCUUUUUUAACAAUCCACAGACAAGCAGGCUGCUUAUUAGCAUUAUUUUAAGCAAUUUUAUUAUGUUUUUUCCACUUUAUAUGGUCAAUAUGCUGGCUGUGUUAGGGAUAAUUCUUAAAAACAAGGAGCUCCUGAAGUUUUGUGUAGACAGUUGGAGUGUAGUCAAGUCAUUUACAUUUACAAAUAGUACCAUAAAUCCACUCUUGUAUGCUUUUAUUUCUACUAAAUUCUGUCCUUGUUGCACAAAGAACUCACCCAAUACGGAUGAGAGAACUUCCCGAAACACCUGACAUUGCUACAAUUGCAGAACUUUGAUGACGAUAGUGACAAAUGUCACUUUUCUCCCCCAAAAAAACUGAAAUAAGUUUGUUUCUUUUCAUUUAAACUGAUGUCACAUCUUCUACUAUUUCCGUUUCAUUUUUUUUCUGCAAUUGCAUGAACCAGGAAGUUGAUUUUGUCCCUUUGUUUAUGUAAAAUUUAUCAAAUUACACUUUAUAUAAUUGUAUCACUACAUUUGGUUUACCAAUUACUUUUUUACCCAUUGACCUUUGCAAGUAGUAUUUUAAUUUGUUGUCCUUAUACGCCACUUUUUUCUAUGCUCACACUGUUUAGACUGGUAUUUGAAUUUCACCUGUAUCUAUAUUUACUGCUUGUUUUUUUUUAAUGACUUUUUCAAAACAUACAUAUAAAUACAUUGCUUUCAUAUUUGCUCUCUUCUUACUCUCAAUCACAAUGAAUUUGUACUGAAUUCUGUCUAGAAAACAUGGUGAAAUUUUUAAAUAAAUCUUAUGUUGAAAUA